UUUUCUUUUUUGAUGAGAUUUGUUUUUCUUUUGCUCAUUUUUAAUUCGGUUUAAUUUUGGUUUUUCUUUUCACUUAAUUGUCACAAUUUAUUGAUUUCUUACCUUUUACUAGUCGUUCAACAAUCUGGUGAAACAUUUAAACACUGACAUCUAAUGAUGAAUAUUGAAGAUGAGAUUAAGGAUAGACUGGACACCAGAAUAUUCUGUAAAUUAACCUCUGGUUUGGGUGGUUGUGUCAACCUUGGUGCUGUUUAUGAGAUUGAUGAUGGAAAUAAAAUCUAUAUUAAAAGUAACACCGCUUCGGAUUCUGGUUUCAUGUUUCAGGGAGAGUUUUUCUCAUUGGAAUCAAUUGCGGCCACUCAAGCUAUUCGAGUACCUAAACCAAAAUUCACCAUGGAUUUUACUCACAAGGAACAAGGUGCAGUUCUUGUAAUGGAGUAUAUUGAGGAUUUGAAAGGAUUGAACAAGUAUCAGGCUCAAUGUGGAGAUAAAUUGGCAAAGCUUCAUUUAGAUAAUUUUAAUCUCGAAUUGGAGGAGAAAAGGUUAGAAAAUUGGAUCGGGAAAGAGGCAGCAAGACCUUAUAUCAAUCAAUUUGGCUUUGAUAUGGCUACGUGUUGUGGUAAAAUACCUUUGGACAAUGAAUGGUCUGAUGAUUGGCUUUUAUUUUUUGCUCGUAAUCGUUUAGAUACUCAAAUCCGAAUGAUUCAAUCAGAUCAUGGCCACAGGGAGAUUGGUGAAAUCUGGUCUAAACUUCAACUAAUUAUACCCAAAUUUUUUAAACCCUUGAAAGAAAAGGAUAUUACAAUUAAACCCUCUCUUUUACAUGGAGACCUUUGGGGUGGUAAUGCCGGUGAAACUGAAGAUGAGCCGAUCAUCUUUGAUCCGGCUUCUUUUUAUGGUCAUCACGAGUUUGAUUUGUCAAUUUCCUGUAUGUUUGGUGGUUUUCGUCAACAAUUUUACUCCUCAUACUUUAAUUUACUCAAAAAAGGCCCAGGAUUUGAUGAGAGACAAGAAUUGUAUCAAUUGUUUCACUAUCUUAACCAUUGGAACCAUUUUGGUGGUGAAUAUGUUGAUCAAAGUUUACAAUUAAUGAGAAAAUUAGCCAAAUACUAAACAAAACAAAACUUAACCUUAACAUCUCAACAACAAUAACAAACAAAACGAGCCCACAAGUCUUUCAAUUGGCAACAAACAAACGGGUAAGUUAAUUAUCAAUAUCCAAAUGAUGCAAAUAUUGACCAACAAUUAAAUGUUGUCAAUGAAAAGCCAAAGCGAUGGACCAAAAACCCAAUAUAAAAGCAAAGAUGACGAUAAAAGAAGAUGAAAACGAAUGGAAGAUUUGAAGAAUCCUCAAGAUGGCGUUGGUAGUCAGAAGAUGAUGAUGAGAGGAGGAAGAGAAACUCAUCAAACAGACUCACUGAUGAUGAUAAGGUGACUGACAACUCGAAUGCAAUUUCCAGCUCAAUCGCAAGAAGAGCUAGAAUGGGAAAGAAAGAGAAGAAAAAAACCAAGAAAGGAAAUCUAAGUGUUUACAUCAGUAACAAUUACAAUUUUUGCUCACCAUCAUCACCAUCAUCAUCAUCUUCAUCUCCAUCCUCAUCACCUUCACCUUCAUCAUAAACAUCAACAUCAACAACGUCAACAUUUACCUUAAUCACAAAGAUUGUUAUAUUAUCAACUCCAACUUAAACUCCAACAGCAACAUCAAAAUAUCAAGCAACAACAACAAUAAUAACAACAGUUAACAAUUAUUACAACAACAACAACAACACUUUGAUAUUUAAUUGUAACGACAACAAAUUGUCAACCUUAACAACAUUGUUACUUGUUCACCAAAUUUUUGCUUUCAAUUUAUAUGAAUAUUAAUUUUACCUAAAGAAUCAAAAUUAACAAAAAAAAAGUUCUAAUUUAUUGAUUAA